AUGGAUACGCUGCCGGUAGAGAUUCUGUCUAAAAUCAUCGACCACCUCGCUCCACGAGAAAAGGUCCAACUUCAAUCCAUAUCAAAAAAGUUCUUUGAUCUCGCCCGUGAUAAUAAUCAGUGGAGAUUACACUGCUAUGAACAAUCAUGGGCUGCUCGGCAGGCUGCCCGCUCUGCGGCCAGACCCUCGGAGAGUGUGAUUGCCGACGCGACUGUUUCGUUGACGGCCCUAGGGCAGGAGUCACUGCUCGAUAUCAUUCAGCCUUCUGUCACAUCGCUGAACGCAGACUCUGGUGAUACCGGGGGACUGUCUCGGGGCGAGAGGGUGAGGGCUACAGCGGAAUGGGACUCGUCAGCUGAGGGGGAGCAUGUGGACUGGUAUUCGGAAUAUAUUGCUCGCAAUGGGCCCAUAUCUUUAUCAUGGGUCGAGCAGCCAUUGGUCCGCAAGGGUGAAGGGAAACGAGGGCAGUCCUACGAGGUCAAAGGAAUGGGGCUGCUCAAAGACUGGAGUUCAGGCAGGCAGAACAAGAUCGUUGCCCCGCUUGAAGAUGGCAGCGUCUGUAUCUGGGAUCUGAAUCAUUCCCACUCAGCUGACUCUCAAGCAAGCAAAGGCAGGAUCCUUGGAGUCAGCGAGCCUGGAAUUCUCAUGACCAACUUAUCUGGUCGUCGGGAUCAUUCCCCCUCGAAGACGUCAUUGGAGUUUAUAAAUCUAGGCGAGGGAGUGAGUGUGGAUUCUCUGCGACAAAGAGCCUAUUUGGCAGUUGGGAAUGUCCUUAAUGAAGUUGACCUGGAGACAUUAAAAGUGAUUUCGCAGCAGCGCUAUCCUUGGUCGAUUUUCGCCCUUUCCCAGGAGACAGAUUACUCAGUGCCCUUGACACUAGCAACUACACUCAGUCUGCAGAUCUAUGACUCCAGACUGUCGGCCGUCGAGGAAGAAGAGGCAAUCAGCUCGCGAUGUGAGCAGGUAGCCAACCCAAACACCUCCAAACUGGGCAUCUUUUCUCGCUCUGAUUCACCUUUGUUCCAACUUCAAUCCAAUGGACAGCCACCUACUCGUAUACGCAGCCCAGAACCCUCAGACAAAGGAGCCAAUUAUGCGCCGCUCUUCCAACCUGGCCCUCUUUCCAUCCUGCACCCGCCAGCUCCUCAUGUGAAUACAAUUCUCCUUGCAGGACGUUUCCCCAGCAUCCUCUGCUACGACCGCCGCUACUUCCCUCGGCUACAGACCACAGUCCAUUCCGGCGGUCGACUAUGUGGUCUUGCCUCAGUACCAGCACCUCGAUUCCCCAUCUUCUCAGGUUCCGCCUACCCCGAGUCACAUUCCGUCGUGGCAUGCGGAGACUAUAACGGACGAGGCUCGCUGGAACUCUAUGACCUCAAACCAGCACCCGAAAAAGACCGCAGCCCUUCCAACAUGACAUCCAUCCUGAACCCAGAAUACAAUAAUCGUCAAAGCGCCGCCAGUUCCAAAUUACUUUCGGUGGGAUCGCACGGGAAUCGCAUCGUCUUUUCCGAUGCCGAGGGAAACAUCAAGUGGGUCGAGCGAAAUGGUCGUUCAGAAGUCCGACGGUGGAAUAUCAAUACCUCCCAGCCUCAGAUCCCAUUCGGUCGUCGCAGCCAACAGCCAACCCCGCAGACAGAAGACCAGCAGCCACGUGGGCUCUGGCCUUCUCAAUCGCCGGGCAAUAACGAGGUAGCCCGCAAGGUUCUCCCCACUGGUGGGAACCUUACUGGAGAUGAGUUACUUAUCUGGACUGGAGAGCGCAUUGGCCGUGUCAAGUUUUCCAUUCCUGCGGAUGAUGGGAUGGAGCUUGAUGAGAAAGAAGUUGCUGAAGAUGAUGAUGUGUUUAUGCAUGCGGAGGUUGAUGAAGCUACACGCGAAGAGAUGCGGCAUAGACGGCGUGACGAUUGGGAGAGAGAGCAGAGAUAUGGGGAUUAUAUGCGCCGUGCGCUUGAGAGACAGGCGGAUGAGGUCCGCUGGAUGGGGAAUCGAGGGCUUGGCUGA